AUGUGCCAUGCCCUCCCAGCUCUCCUACCCCCCGCAAACAGUCUCAACGCCACCCUCACGAGGCGCGAGCAAAUCGGCAUCCUGUACGAACUGAUGUCAUCGUCGGACGACAUCAAGAUACUGCGCAAGGAGCGGGAGUUGGAGCGCGUCAUGGGAAACGUCAAGACUUACGUGGGUGGGCAGGUUGCGGACAUGAUCAGGGGUUACUGGAGAAUGGGGGAAGAGUUGGCCGCGGCGGAAGGGAUCUUGGAGAGGGUGGAUGCCUUGUGGGAUUUUACACGAGGCUGUGUGGUGUUGUUGAUGGUGACCGGGAUUGCUGUUGAAAGGGGUCCUUGUUGUACCAAUUAUGAAAGUGACCGCACUGCUCACCUGACUUGUAUUAAACCUGUCAGUAACGUGAUUACUCACGUCUUGACGAGGGUCAAGCUUGCCGGAUCGUGGUGCAAGUGUCUUCUGGAGAAGCUGUCAUGCUUCGACUCCCUAGGCUUGAUCAAGACCCCGGCCGUUUGA